UUCGUACCAUUUCAGCUCUCUCUCUCUCCCUCUUUCCCUCUCUUCUUCAAUAAUUUAAUUCCUCCGCCCCCGUCGCCGCCGUAUCCGCCGUCACCGCCUUCACCACUGCCACCGCUGUCUUCUUCUCCGGCAAAGCCAUGGCUACUGAUCUGAGCACCGUUUUGGGCAUCAUUGGGAAUGUGAUUUCUAUCUUGGUUUUUGCAUCUCCCAUAAAAACAUUUAUAGGAAUAGUGAAGAAGAAAUCAACGGAGAAUUACAAAGCGAUACCGUACGUGACGACGCUGUUGAGCACAAGCUUGUGGACAUUUUAUGGGGCUUUGAAGGGUGCUGAUGGGUUGCUUGUUACCACCGUCAAUGCCGCCGGCGUUGCCUUUCAGCUCUCUUAUGUCACUCUCUUCAUCAUCUUUGCUCCCAAACGCAACAAGGUUACAACAAUGAAGCUAGUUGGUAUGUUCAAUGUUGUGUUCUAUGGAAGUGUAAUUGGUGCAACCCUCUUAGCCAUGCAUGGAAGCUUGAGGCUCACCUUUGUUGGCAUUCUUUGUGUUGCUUUAACCAUUGCCAUGUAUGCUUCCCCUCUAGCUGCCAUGAGAAACGUGAUAAAGACGAAAAGUGUUGAGUAUAUGCCAUUUCUUCUCUCGUUCUUCCUCUUUUUAAAUGCUGGUGUCUGGUCAGCCUAUGCUAUUCUCGUCAAGGACAUCUACAUACUGGUGCCGAAUGGAAUAGGGUUUGCAUUGGGGACGGUCCAGCUGAUUCUGUAUGGAAUGUACAAGGACAAGUCAAAGUCAACAAAAUCAACGGAGAUGAUGGAGGAAGAGGGAUCAGCACAUCUGGUAGAGAUGGGAAUGAACGGUGAUGAUGAUCAUCCAAAGAACAAAGGCAUAAUCAAAGGGUUGAGCCUUCCUAAGCCAAGCUUAGAUAGGCAAUAUAGUGUCCAAAAUAUUUUAAGGUCACUUUCUUAUGGUCCAUAUGACUUCUACCCUCCGGGAGCCCUAGAUGAGGUCGAUGAGGUCGAAAAUGGGAAAAUUUGACCACAUUUUGCCCUCGAUACAAGUUUUACGUACUUGUAUUACGAGUUUGUUUGGUAAUCAUCUCGUUUUCAAAAUUGUACGGACUUGACACGUACUCUUUCGUCCCUUUAUAAGUAAGGUGUUUAUCGUUCGAUCUGGUCUGAUUUUCACUGUAACUAAAAAAUUGAUCUGGUCUGCGUUU